AUCAACCGUCGCACUUAAUUAAUUAUUUCGAAAGCUUGAAACGCAUUAGUCAGUCAAGCACAUUAUAAGCAGUGUUUAUGCUGGAGAGUGCCUGACAUGUCAGGCACUUGACAUUCGGCGAAUAGCAGACCGCGGUCGAACGAAGUGGGAGCUUUGGAUUAAGGCUCAGCCCUGACGAAAGAAAUCAUGAAUAGGGCAACAGUUAUUCUAUUUCAUGGAGUACUUUUGGUAUUCAUUCACGUACUAGUGCUGGCGAUUGCCUCUCAGCAAGUCGACGAAGGAAACUACAUCGUGCCACGAACUACGUUGCAGUUAUCAUCAAACAGAAAUAGGUCUGCCGAUGGCCAUAAAAAAAUUUGCACGAGCAACCUCGACUGUGAGAUGUUCAGGAACAAUCAUUGCUGCCUGACACUUUCAGGGUAUUCAAAAUGUCGCAAACGAUGUAACAAACCCAGAAGGAGGGUGGGAAAAUAUCGUUCAGGCAAGAAAGGAAGAUCAAAAAAUAACAGCAAACACAAGGCGAAGAACACUCUUUUACCGAUGACCCUGGGUUGUAUAGUCGGUCCCAAUAAAGUAUACAAAGAAGGUAUGAAGGAUCGGGCGGGAGAUGGCUGCAACGAGUGCAAAUGUGUGAAGGGGGACUGGAUUUGUACGAACAGACAAUGCCCCCCCGGACAAUGUCGUUAUAGAGACAAGCUUUAUGACGAUGGAUAUGUGUUAGUUUUACUUAAUGGAUGCAAACGAUGCAUAUGUGAGUACAGAUCUUGGAAUUGCUCGAGUAUUCCUUGUCAACCAGUCGUCGAACAACAGAAUUCCGCGGUAUCUAUUCCCCAUUCCGCUGUUUUAGCUCUGAUGUGUUCAGUUAUACAUUUUAUGCUACUUACAUGACGUUCGGGGGAGCGAAAAUAAUUUUGUACAGAAUAAAUUCAAUGUAACAAAGUUGCGCGGACAGCCAGGAGGAACGGCUCGCUCCCAGAUCCUCUGAACGCCACGUGGCAGCAAGCUAAUCCCAGGCCUCUUCAACACCUCCCCGAUCGCCUUUUGAAAUCGCAGAAGAGAGAACGCUAACCAGAAGUUCAACUUCAGCAAAGAAAAAUCCGUUCCGUAUUUUUCCUAAGUGGAAGUUCAAAGAAGUUGGCGCCAUCUGACGCCACGCAUAGCUGACGUCAUCGUGUCACCCACACUUGGCAUCAAAAACGUCGCUUGUGUUUGUCAGGACUGCAUAGAUUGGUCUUUGCAAGUUAACAACAAAGUUAAUAUUUUUGUGGGCAAAAAAUCACAAGUACCGACUCAAGAUACACUUAUGGUGGUAUAAUCUCACCUGUGCGGCUCCGUAGCACAAUGGCAAUUUCAAGAUCAUCCGACAGCCGACCCUGUUUGAAAUAUGUGAUAUUGUGACGUCUUGACCUCCUCUUUUUAAUAAUGAGAAUAGAAUAUCAACAUGACAUAUCCCAAAAGGACAAGUUGGAUUAGCGACGCUUGGACAGCCACGUAAUUUCCACCGAUCCUCGGGGAUCCAGAGUAUCAAAUGGAGCGAGUAUGUAAUAUGUAAAACAGGACAGAAAGAGAUUGAUAAAUAUUAUUUUGUAAAUAGUUUAAUUCUUUUGUAACAUACGAACUGUACUAAUUGCCCUGCCCGAUUUAGGGUGAUUUGUAAAAUGUAAAUUAUAGUAAAAUACCAAAUAAAUUAAGGUAGUUCAGUUCAGUCGUCGUUUGUUAAACACGGAGAAAUUUCGUUUUAGAUAAAUAUCGCCAUAUUUGUUUACAUUUUUUAGG